AUGGCUCCAUCUCCAUGUUUGCAGCUUGAAGUAAUCGGCUGCAUUACAGAUCCAACAUUUUACCAGGCAAAAUGUGCAGCAGAGGAGCUGAAACGGAUAUAUCCUUCUGAAAUCAGUGAGCCAGUCAUUCGCCCACUUCUGGAGUUUGCCUGGGAUAUGUUCUUAUCUCAGAAAAAGAAGGAGCUUAAAGGUGACAUGUGGGGCUUCUCCUCCCAUGUCGUGUGCUUUAUCAAUGGCCAGCUUAUUGGAGAUGAGGAAGAUUUCCUCAAAUGGGCAGAAGAUAUAUUUGGCUACGUAGAUUUCAGACCGAAAGCUCUAUAUGAUGCUAUAGCUGAAGAUUUUUAUUCCAACUACCUGAAGGGCAGUCAGCACACAUUUGUUUACAUGGACAUUUCCAUUGAUCAGAAACCUAUUGGGAGGUUGUUAUUUGAGCUUUUUACAGAUGUCUGUCCAAAGACUUGCAGAAAUUUUGAGGAACUUUGCACAGGAGAAGCAGGUUUCUCACCUACAGAAAUUCGACUGUGUUAUCAAGGAAGUAUAUUUCACAGGCUGGUGAAGGAUACUUGGAUUCAAGGAGGAGACAUUUUCAAAGGUAGAGGAGAUGGUGGAGUAUCUAUAUACGGAAAAACAUUUGAAGAUGAGACCUUUGCAAUCUCUCACUGCAAGAGAGGAAUUCUUGGAAUGGCUAACAAGGGACGGCACACGAACGGAAGCCAGUUCUAUAUCACACUGCAGCCAACUCUUUGGAUGAACACCAAAUUUGUAGCUUUUGGACAACUGGUAGCAGGCACAGAGGUUCUCGAGGAAUUGGAAUCAGUUUCCACAUAUAACGAGAGACCAACAGUGGAAUGUAAAAUCACAGACUGUGGCCGCUAUUCUCCCUAAAUAUCGUUACUCUUUUAGUUUGGCAAACACACUAUAACCUGGGUCUCCUGUCCAUUAUUUAUUAUCCUCACAGUUACAUGUUUCCUUGUUUGACAUAUACAAAGUGGGGUCUUUAAUACUCUGUGGUAAAUUAUAUAUGAAUGAAGGUGAAGAUUGUCACUGCCAACA